AUGAACACCCUUGAAGAUAAGGCAGCCCGGCAGGACCAAGAAUUUCAGGCUGAAAGGGAACAGUGCUAUAGGCUAAUGGCCGAGAUGGAGAAAGAAAUAAAGCUGUUGCAAGACCAUCAUUUCCACGACUCCCAGGUGUUAGAGGCUCGCAACCAGCAGAUAAGCCGACUACUCCAGGAAAAAGGCCAGAUCAGGGAAAGAAUUAGAGGCAUUGCAGAUUAUAUUGCCAUGAAAUGUCAAGCCGACGAAAGAAUGGGUCGUACCACUUUCUUUGCUACAGAGUUGAUUGAAAGGGUCCAAAGUCUAUUUGAUGAAGUGAACACGGUAGAAAUUCGGGAAGGUUCUGGUGACGAAGAAGUGCAUUUUGUCAGACCUAAUGGUUGUGAUUCAGGGAAAAAUUGGGUAUCAACAAAUGUCAGGGCUUCUCACGGAGGGAAAGAUGUACUUGAAGACCUCCUCGCCGGCGUCGACGAGGAUAUUGACCUCGAUACUCCCGCUAAGAAGAUGUACGAUCGUGCCUUCCAUAGGCUCCAAGAUGAGGUUUCGUGCUGCGGGAAGGAGCUCGAGGUGCUUACCUCAGCACUGAAAGAGUCGGAGGCCUCUUCUGCCCGAAAGGAGGAGGAGUUGAGCGGACUCCGGGCGAGGUUGGAGGGAGCGUGCCAAGAAAAAGUUGGCCUCAUUGAGCAGGGAGAGGUCGUUGCCAAGGAUGCGGAGGUCCUCGAGCUGAGGGGGCAACAUGAGGCCGUGGCCUCGGAGAGGGACCUUCUGCGGACGGAACUGUCGUCGACCCGGGACCUUCUUCAAAGUGCUAAGAAGGAGGUUGUCGCGCUAGUGGCGGCCAAGUCUGCAGCCAAAGCGGAUGCGUCCUCGUAUAAGAAAGAUGCCGCCACUGCAAAUGAACGAGCUCGAGAGAUAUCAAAGAAGGUCGGGCAGAAGCUAACCCGGGCCACUGCUCACACUAGUUCCAAGGCAAGGAGGCAAGCUCUCGACGAGGCAAGCGCUAAAGGCGUCGAUCUCUCAGCUGAGAUCGAGGAAGCCCGAGACUUGGAGGAAGAAUCGGCAUUUUCGGCCACUUCAGAUGAGGGUUCUGUAGAUGACCCGGAGAGUAGCAGCGACGAAGAAUAG